GAUAUAUCUGUAAUGAAAUCUAAAGCUCGGGGUGGAUAAUCUUAGAGCUGAAGAACAUGAGUCCUGUUGAGGACCGUCAGUCAGUGGACGCUUGACAUCCACGAGCACCUCUCUGAGAAAUAUUUACACAGGAAAUGAUGGCAUCUCACAUAUAAAAGACUUUAAGAACAGACACACAAGUUCAGCACUUUCUCCGAUUGGCUCGUUCUGUUGAGAGGAGUGACUCCAUAUAAGGAAAGGCCUGUGAGCACAGGAAAAGUCUUUCUCCUUGAGAUACGAGCACCUGCAUCAAAACAACAAUAUCCUGAGCAGAUCUGUAGACAUGGACCGCAUGGAGCUGAAGAAAGUGAACACAGAGGCGGAUGAUGAGAGCAGCAUUGAUGAACGCUACACAGAACCCAUCGAUUCAGAGAAAGCCACUAUCAACAGUCAGUUCCUGGAUGAAGAUGAUGCAGAGAGCCAGAAGUUUCUCACGAAUGGACUGAUGAAGAAAAAUAAAUAUGAUGAAUACGAUGAAGAAUAUCACCCGGGUCAUACGUCAUUCGGUAUGUCUGUCUUUAACCUCAGCAACGCCAUCAUGGGCAGUGGUAUUCUGGGAUUGUCUUUUGCCAUGGCCAACACGGGCAUCUUACUGUUUGUAAUUCUCCUAUUUGCUGUGGCCAUUCUGUCACUUUACUCAGUUCAUCUGUUAUUGGUGACGGCAAAAGAAGGAGGCUCACUGAUUUAUGAAAAGCUUGGAGAGAGAGCGUUUGGCUGGCCAGGAAAAGUUGCUGCCUUUGGGUCAAUAACUCUACAAAACAUUGGAGCCAUGUCAAGUUAUUUGUUCAUAGUCAAAUACGAGCUGCCUGAAGUCAUACGAGCUUUCCUUCGAUUGGAGGAGAAUUCUGGGGAAUGGUACAUGGAUGGUAAUUACGUGGUGGUGUUUGUGUCCAUUGGAAUAAUUUUGCCUUUGUCCCUGCUGAAAAACCUCGGAUAUCUUGGAUACACCAGUGGUUUUUCUCUCUCCUGCAUGGUGUUUUUCCUGGGCGUGCUGAUCUAUAAGAAGACGAUUCUUCCCUGCCCUCUUCCCUUCUUUUACCAACACGAGGCUAACAUGAGCAUUAACGGCUCGGACGCGUUGGGUAUGUUCGCGCUACAGAACGCCUCCGCGCUGGCGUAUAUCUCCGAAGCGGUCGUGAACGGGCCUCACCCGGAUCCUCACACGCCUGCCCACGACUCCACGGUCCAGUACACGGCUCACAUGGCAAACGACGAGGACAUGUGCACGCCCAAAUACUUUGUGUUCAAUUCUCAGACCGCUUACACGAUUCCUAUUCUCGCCUUUGCAUUUGUGUGUCAUCCUGAAGUCCUGCCCAUCUACAGCGAACUGAAAAAUCGUUCUCGAAAGAAGAUGCAAAUGGUAUCAAAUCUUUCUAUUGUGGGUAUGCUGGUUAUGUACCUGCUCUCGGCACUGUUUGGUUAUCUGACAUUUUAUGAUCAUGUGGAGGCAGAGUUAUUACACACCUUCACUAAAGUGUAUAAGUUUGAUACCAUGCUUCUGUUGGUGCGUUUGGCUGUUCUGACCGCAGUGACGCUCACUGUUCCUAUAGUCCUGUUCCCUAUUCGGUCGUCUGUAAACACGCUGUGUUUCGCAGAUAAAGAGUUUAGUUGGAUCAGGCACAUACUCAUUGCUGCUGCCAUACUGGGUUUCAAUAACUUACUGGUGAUCUUUGUGCCCACCAUCAGAGACAUCUUUGGAUUUAUCGGCGCAUCUGCGGCAACAAUGCUCAUCUUUAUACUACCAGCUGCAUUUUACCUGCGGCUGGUCAAGAGUUUACCAUUUAGAUCACCACAAAAAAUAUCAGCAUUUAUUUUCCUGGUGGUGGGUGUAAUCUUUAUGAUUGGCAGUUUGUCUCUGAUCACUAUGGACUGGAUUCACAAUCCACCCGGUUCUAAAGGAGCUCACUAAACCCCCUCACCCAAAGGUGAUGAAAAUGAAACCACCUCAUUGUCAACAUGGACGCUCAGUUCUGAAUGAACUCUGUACCCCCUCUCUGUCUUUAGUAUCUCAUUCGUUGUUUUAAAUUCUCCUUUUUGUUUUCUUACAACUCAAAUCUCGCUGUUCGUGGGUCUCAGAUGGGUGUGAAUGAAAAUUCAUGGGGGAAAAGACAGCGGGUGCCAGCGUCAUUAUCUGCGGGAUAACCGCUUGUUUUAUCCAAACAGAGAGAGAGUUGGGCAGGAGGUUCAUUGAAUUAAAAGCACUUCUGGAUUUUUUCAAGACAUGCCAACAAACACACGUUUUAUAAUCACCUUUGACUUUCAUUAGGCAACAUUAGUGGUCAUUAAUAAUUAGUUUGCGCUGUAGUUUUUUUUAUUUUCAGUUUGAGUUGUUUUUAAAGAAAUGGUUUACCUAAACAAAUCAUUUAUUCACCCUCACGUCGUCGCAAAUCAGUAAUAAAUUAAUGAUAAAUGUUUUCCUUCAUGCAUUGAAAUAAAUGCUCCAAAAAGGACAAGGACACUGUAAGCUUUGUCCACGUGCUGUAUAUUGUUCAUCUUCUGAAACCAUUCAGCAACUUUUUCAUGAAAAACUAACUGAAACUAAUUUGUCUUUUUUUAUUCACUUCAAUUCAGUGAAGAUUUAAAGGUGCAGUGUGUAAUUUUUAGAAGGAUCUCUUGACAGAAAUGCAAAAUAAUAUACCAAACUAUAUUAUCAGGGGUAUAUAAAGACCUUUCAUUAUGAACUGUUAUGUGUUUAUUACUUCAGAACGAGACCUUUUUAUCUACAUACAACGAGGGUCCCCUUACAUGGAAGUCGCCAUUUUGUGCCGCCAUUUUUCUACAGAAGCCCUUAACGGACAAUUUUUUUACUAAGUUGUCUCCGAAGAUGACAUGUUUGUUCGGUGGCGGCUACCGUAGCUUCUCUAUGCGUUUCAAAAGCGAGGUGGACAGACCCAUUGGUUGCAAUUCGCAACCUCACCACUUGAUGCCGCUAAAAUUUACACACUGCACCUUUAAAAUGACAUCAGGGUGAAUGAAUUCAGACUAAAUGUUUUUUGUUUGGGUGAACUAUUUAGUAUUACCAUUCAAUUUACAUUUCCUUUUUGUGAGGGGAAAAGGUCGAAUUAUGAAUUUUGGAACCAAAAAGACGUUAAAGGGAUAGUUGAAAAUUCUGUCAUCAUUUUCUCACUUUCUUGUGUUUAUCACUCACCGAAUACUAUGGAAGUGAAUGGGGCUCAUGAUCGGUUUGAUUACAAACAUUUCUCAAAAUAUCUUCCUUUGUGUUCAUCAAAACAAAAAGACAUUGGUUUGUAACAAUAUGAGAGUGAGUAAAUGAUGACCAAAUUUUUUAUUUUGGGUAAACUAUCUCUUUAUGCAAACAGGCUGGAUUUCUUUAAACACUAAUCCAUAAAACCAGAACAUCACAGUUAGAUCAGAUGCAUUAUAAUAAUAAGAACGAUUUUUGACAGAUAAGUUUUCAUUAACUCAGUGAGUGAAAUGAAUGCUGGAUAAUAUUUUUGUAUCAGUCGGUUUAAGAUUAAUUGACAGUAAUAUUGAGCUUUUAAAAUAAGUUAAGGGAACAUUUUCAAUUGCAUUAUGACAGUGAAGAAUGGUCUGACUCAUUUUAUAUGAACAAAUCAUCUCAGACGAGCCCUAACCUGACGCCUUAAGAGCCCAGAGAUCAACCUCUUGACAUCAGGUCACAAAACAAUGACUUUAUUGAUGAUCUGUCUGUGCUGCAUGUCACCACACUGCCUCUUUAGAAAAGACAAACAUUUACAGAAGUGAGCGUUUACAGACAAUGCCUGUCUGCGGUCCGUGUUGAAAUUUUUCUGUGUGUUGGUCCAGCCAAAGUGGACGAUAUUUAAAGAUCAUUUGCUGAUCUACUUACUCAUAAAGCAAAUAUUUCAAAUGAAAUGGUAUGAUAUUUUUGCAUGUUUUAAAUCACAAACAUGGUCUUUUUGGACGUUGUAUAUGGUUUGUAAAUAGUCAGCUUUUUUGGAUGUUGGAAGGGAUAUACUGUAUGUUCACCAGUAGAGUUUUAGUAUUGUAUUUUAGAUGUUGAAGCCAUCAUGCCUUUUUUUUUGUAAAUUUGUAGAAAAGCCAUUGUAUUUCUAUUGUUCAUUCAUUGUUUUAUGAUGAACUGGAAAAUGGAGCUGUGUGGGAUUUUUUGUAUACGUUACUUGAUCAUUAUGAGCAGCUGAAACGGUACUUGAGUCCCAGAGUUUUAUAUCUACUUGAUUCUUCUGAUUGUUUUUACAUCUAUGAAUCAGAGCUACAGAUGAUAUAUCACAUGAUGUUCGGCAAACAUCCAGCAUUUUUUGAAAACCGUCAGCCACAGAUUGUGUUUAUGUCUCAGAGAUGUUGAGCAGUAUUGUCUUCCACUGUUUACCUCUACUAGAAGUAUAUGGGAUUGUCCUGCACAUUUAACAUGUUAGUGUUCGCAAGCAUGACUUUUAUAUGUAGCUUAAAGUCAACAUGGAUUUUAAUAAUAAAUUAUUAGUGCACACUGAUCAAAAAAAAGCUGUGUGUCUCUGUAAUCUUUUUAUCAAAAUGUAUUAAUUUGAUGUAUUCAUAUUGAGACACUUGUGCCUCAUUUAGCGUUUUAUUUUACUCAUCAAAUUAUGAAAUGAAUCGUUGUUGUUUCAUGUUGACUCUAAGCAAGUUUACUUGCCCCUGAACAUUACGGUCAAUCUGUACUUUACGAUGUCUUGCAGGUCUGUGCCUGUCAGCUUCCAUCAGGGAAAAUAUGCAGGAAUUAUUUAAAUCUGAAUGUAAAAAUGAUAACAGUUUACAUUUAUUACGGUAAUGUGACAUAAACACUGUAGUGUUUUUGCCCGAGGAUGAGCGUAGACAAACAGACGCGACGUGAAGAAUUAAGUUAAAUCUUGUGUGCGCACAAACUGCCUUAUACAAUCUAAACCCACAUAGUGCAGCGUUGGCCAAUCAGCUGCAGCCGUUGCAGAUCAGCCAAUCACGGGUAGUCUUUGCAUUGUCUGUGGGCGAAUUUUGUGUCACUGAAGCUGUUUCCAUGUUCUGUAACAUGACAAAUAAAGAAAUGUGAAGCGA